CUUUAAGAAUUUCUCCCGCGCUGGAUGACGAGUCCGGAAGUGGGCCACAAACGAGCAGGGAUAUUUGGCGCCAAAUGCAAGCAAACGAACGAGGCAGCGAGGAGAGCAACGGAUGUCCCACCGAGCACCUCGUAUCUCCUUUCCAAGCAGAUAUCCACACAGCCAAGUGAACAUGGAGGACGCCAACAAGCUAAUCGGCGCGGGUAAGAAGCACCUGGUGAUGGGGAAGGUGGUGGAGGCGGUGAGCACCUUGCAGGAGGCCUGCGGCAUGCUGGCUAAGAAAUAUGGCGACACGGCAGACGAGUGUGCGGAGGCAUUCUUCUGGUGUGGUAAAGCACUGUUGGAUAUGGCAAGGAUGGAGAACUCCGUGCUCGGCAACGCUUUAGAAGGCGUUCCAGAGGAUGACGAGGACAAACCCAAAGACUCCAACUUUGAGGGCACAGAAAAUGUUGACGAAAAGACCAGGGACGAGCUGAGGGUGCAGGUGUAUGAAGCCAUGGCAGAGAAGCCUGAAGAUGCACAGAAAAACAAGGGCAACAAGAAAGAAGCUGCGGAAAAGAUGGAAGAGGAGCUGUCGGAAAAGAAGGUGGGAGAACAACCAGCAGAGGAGGAGGCACAACCAGAAGACCAAAAAGCAGCUGAGAAGAGGGUAGAAGAAUCUGCUCAAAAGGAGGCACAACCGGAAGACAAAAAGACUGAACCAUCAGACAAGGAGGCACAACCGGAAGACACCAAGGCAGCAGACAAGAAGGUAGAAGAACCACCAAGUGACAAGAAGGAAGAGCAAGCAGAAGACAAGGACGUGCGAGAUGAUGCAGCAGCAGACAAGAACGUGGAAGAACCAUCAGACAACAUGGAAGAAGAACCAGCUAAUGGGGAGGAGGAAGACGCUGAAGAUGGCGAUGAAGACGAUGCAGAAGAGCAAGGUGAAGAGAACAAUGCUGGAGAAAAGGAAAGUGAUGAUGAGGACGAGGUAGGGAACCUUCAGCUGGCCUGGGAGAUGCUGGAGGUGGCUAAAGUCAUCUACAAGAGAAAAGAGGCAAAAGAGGACCAACUGAUGGCAGCUCAGACUCACUUGAAGCUGGGUGAAGUUUCUGCUGAGACGGGUAACUACACCCAAGCACUGGAAGACUUCCAGGAGUGUCUGAAGCUGCAGUUGAAGCACCUGGACUCGGACAGUCGACUGCUCGCCGAGACUCGCUACCAGCUGGGUUUGACUUUCAGUUUGAACAUGCAGUACAAAGAAGCCAUCGCGGAGCUCAAUAGCUCCAUCUCCGUCAUCAAGAGCAGGCUGGAGAAACUAACGGAGCUGAUCCAGAAUGCUGCCGGCCCAGAGGAGCUUCCUGAGGAGAGGAAGGAGAUGGAGGAGCUGAAGGCUCUGCUGCCAGAAAUCCAGGAGAAGGUGGAGGACGCCACCGAUGGCCUGAAAACGGGGAGAGCUGACGCUGAGGCUGUGAAGGGUGUGCUGGAUGGCGCCUCCACUUCUUCUGCAUUCCCUGCUUCCACUGGAGAGCACGGCAGCGCCUGCACCGCCUCAGAAGUGAGUGGAAUUCGACUACCGUCGAACGGCGCAUCGACCGCCAAAGCUGGAAGCGCCAAUGGAGCGGCUGCCAAGGCUCCCGUCUCUGACAUCAGCCACCUGGUCAGGAAGAAGAGGAAGCCAGAGGAGAGUCCUGUGAAAGAAGGCGUCAAGAAGGUGAAGCAGGAGUCAGACGGUGACUGUGUGCACAAAGCCAACGGUGACGCUAACGGACACGCGAACAGUAUGGAGGUGGAGAGUCAGUGAAAGUGGCUUCAACUCGACAAGGGAUAUCCUGCCAAGGUCUUGUACACUUGUUCAUACGUCAUUGUUAAAUAAAAGUUUUGUACAUCUUUGAAGUGCGUGGAGAAACAAUGCCAAUGUUGUCUAUUAGUUUUGACAGUGUUGUGUACAGCGGCAAAUUUGUAGAACUUAUUGUGACAUUUUUAUUGCACUUGUUGGACAGCUUUGGCUUCUUUUGAGUAUGCAGUUAUGUUGGUAUUGUUCCCCCCUCUCCUCCAGUCUGUUUCUGUGUGAUUUGUUAAUGUAAAUUCAAGUUUGACCUAAUAAAGACUUCAAAUGUCACCUUUUGAAAUCUUGAG